AUGACGUUUUCCGUGAGACCGUUAGUUGACCACUUGCUUGUUGACUACAUCAAAUACAAGGGAUGGGAGAAUAUUGUCUACAUUCACGAUGGAGCCAACGCUGACAGAACGUUACAUGGGAUGUUUGAGUACUUGAACGAGAACAGUCCCGAGUAUAACCUCUUUGUGGACAACUUUAGGGCUCCUCCCGAUGAAGAAUUUUUUCGGGAAUUCCUGAACGACUUCCAUCGACGAAUGUCGCUUUCACAAGUGGGAAAUGUGUCCAACACCGAUGAUGCAGUCAUUGUGCACCCGGUGCAUGUGAUUGUGGAUUUAGAAGGUGGAUAUCGUAUGAGAAUGUUCUUGAGAGCGCUUGAAGAGAGCGUCCUGGUGAAGAAGGACUAUCACUACGUCUUCGCCAAUCUGGUAACUUCUUCUGUCUGGUUAUUUAGUGAAUCUCUCUGGGUUACGUGA